UCAGUAUACCCAUAACCUUCAAGUAUAUAAGAUCGAUUCAUUAUCGGAGCCGUCUCUGAGUCUGGACUGGACGCUAUGUAAACAAAUGGUUCCUAUUUUUCAAUUAGCAUAGAUAACAAUGUAUCAUAAUUCAAAUUCAAUCCUCUGCCUCGGUAAUAAAACUACGAACCUUAAGAGAUUUUCAUAGCAAAUUUUAUAACGUAAGGAAAAUAUGGAUACAAGCUGAUAAAUAAACAUAUAUACGAGGUAUUAUCUAGAAAAGACUAGAAAUGUCUAAGGUAAACAAUCCAAAGCAGCCUAAAGGCUCCAGUAAUGUAGAAGACGAAGAAAGAUUUGGCACCAGACGCAAACCAUGGAAUUAUCCAGAUUUGGCUACAAAUUUUCAGCACGGUCAGAAUCGAACCUGUUGCUCACCAGCGGACGAGAUUGAAGCCGUGUGGCAGGGAAACGAUGACCAAGAUUCCAAUUCUAUGCACAGCGUGCAAGUUCAAACUGAAAAGUCAGCAUUGUAUUUGUGGAAACAAGACAGAAAGAAUGACAACAGUUUAAAAAAAAGUAGUCAAGAGAUGCUGGAUAACAAAAAAAUCCAUUCGAUGGACAAUGCAAAUUCAAAACACCAAGCACAGGAAACCGAACAUUCGAAACUAAAGAAAACUCGACUGAAUUAUGAGCACGAUAAGAUGAAGGCCAAAUUAAAAUCUAAUAUCAGUUAUCCAGAAGCUUUUGAUGAGUACGCUGAAACAGAUCUAGAUCAACCUAUGGAUUACACACUUUGUUAUAAUGAGUCUAAUGUUGAUGAUGAAAAAAAAAGGAAUGCAUCAUAUUUGCAUAGUAAAAAUGAUUUUUUAUGUGUCGAGGAGACAGUCGAAGAGGAAAAGGUUGGAGUGAUUAAACCAAAAGGUGCUUUCAGUAAAGAGCUAACUAAGAAUAAAAGAGAAAUGUUUAGCAACACAAGCAGAAGUUUCAAGGAAAUAUUUAACUUUUUUAAAGACAGAGACAAAAAGAGAUCCACCACUGAAAGUACAAAGUCUUCUGUUGAAAAUCAAAAGCUAGCUAAACCUAUGGAAACCUGUGAACAAACAUUUCUAAAAUGUUCCCAACCCGUGCAACCACCAUUAGAGCAAUGUGAAAAAGAAUCCAAGUUAAAAAACGAAACUCCAUGCUCUCAGCAAACUCCUCUGAUGUUUUCUCGAUGCAGUUCUUUAGGUUCUCUGAAUGGAUUUGAACAAAAUUCUGUACAAGACGACCGCAGUUCAGUAGUGAGUGAUUUCAGUCGAAGAACCAGUGGUGUAGUAUCUCCGAGUGAACUACCAGAUUCACCAGCACAGACUGCUCCACCUGGAACUAAAUUGCAACUUAAACCUCAAAUUGGUUGUUUCGGAAAGAAAAAAAUGUUGUCACCCCAUCAAGACAAGUCAAAGAAUUCUUCACUGGCAAGUGACAAUGCACUACAAAAUGAAAACAUCCUUAGAAUGAUCCCAUUAGCAAAACGCAGUGUAUUUGAAGAUAAUUUGACUUCCUUCAAAGAUGAAUCAACACCAACAAAGCUCCAUUCAAUGGCAGCAAGUAGUUUGAGCUCCCUGACUAUUGAUGAUGAGGAUGAGUAUGACAUUGUAAAUAAAAUUAUUUUAAACAAGGAAAAAUCAAACGUUAGCGACGAAACGAAAAUCGAAAGCAUAAGGGAAAACCCACUGGGCAGGCCAGAUCUAGAUGAUACUUCAGUGAAGCCAGAAAAAACUGAGAACUCUGUUAAUGGUGAUGAUGACGAAGAGGAGAAUUUCGACGACGAAAAAGAUGACGAGUUGACUGAUCUCACUCCGUAUGAAGAGCAGCUCCUUGACGAGUGCAUACGUCGAGGAAUAGCAAAGUGGACUAAACAAAAUAUAAACGAAAUUAAACCAUUUAGCUGGGACGUUGGAUUCACUUGUCUGGCAACGCGAGCGAUAUUAAACAGUCGAAUUCGAGUCAAUUCAUACUCGGAUAUCGACGAUACUGAUAACCUGACGAAUCACGAUAUAAUUGAAACACUAACAAAUAAUAAUCUAAAUUUCGAGAAAAAUUCUGAAAAUAAAGAGAAAGAAUCGGGCAACUACGAGAAAUGCUCAAAUCGAGAUACUAGUCCAACUGAACGGGAAAUGGAUCUUGAAGAAGCUAGUGAUAAAUUUGAUGAAAAUUCAUAUUAUAUUACUUAUGAAGAGCAUCUUCUUGAUCAGUGUAUUAGACGGGGGAUGGCUAAAAUUACAAAAAGAAAUGUAAACGACAUAAAGCCUUUUAGUUGGGAUGCAAAUCAAAUUUGCCUCACUACUAGAGCUAUGAUAUUACAUGAGCGGCUUGACGAAGAAAUGUAUAGUUGCCACUAGAUUAUAAUGUUGAAAAUGAAACUCAACUAUAUCAAAUUUUUACCUAUUUUUCUAUAUAUGUUAGCGAAACACAGUGGCUUCUGUAUUUUAUAAUAUGUGAUAUAAAAAAAGCAAUGACAAUAUAAAAAGAACAAACCAAGAUUGUUGUAAACCUCCAAGGUGUACAACGUGAUGGUGCUAAAAGACUGUUAGGUAUUCCAUUGUUUAAAAAAACUGCCUUUAAGUGUAUUGAAUUUUGUUGUAUCUUUUUAAAAUAUAUCGCUUAGCGAUAUUUUUAUACAUUGCUUAUUCUUUAGCCAAGUUUUCUGUUUCAAAUAUAAAAAUAUUUGAAGUAAAAAAAA